GCACCAUGAUUCCAUCCCGGUUUACCCAUCUGGGUUUACAAGGUGUAGGGUUUCUGCAUGCAAAGCAAACACUCCACACCACACCCACAGCCCCAUCCUGUCUCAGAGAGGGGGAGUGAAAGGUGGGGAGAAUGAGGAAGUGUCCCCAAGAAUUGGCGGGAGCUCCUAAGGCGUGGAGCAGUGAGGCAGCAGCCAAUAGCUAAUGAUUAACUCAGCACCAACAAACAUUUCUAGCUGGGAAUGAGUCACUUCUGUUCUUGGGGUAAAGCUUUCGCUUAGCUAUUUCAGUUGCGAGUUUUUGUUCCUCCUGGUGAAGGCUGGAGCCUGCACUUCUGCGGCGGGGCCCUUGACAGACUCUCCUUUCCUGAACUCGGGUGAUCAGGUUUUAAAACCUGGCUUCUUGGAAUCGCUGGUAAAGCGUGGCCGGGCCGCGCGGGAACAGGAAGUGAGCGCAGUCCUGGGGCCACAGGCGCGGCGUGGAGUCUCCGAAAGCAAAAGCUAGCAGCGGCUUGCUGCGGGCCUGGUCCCAGGAGCCGCUCACCCGGGGACCCAGAGCUGUGAUCGGAGAACCCUGGAGCUGUGGCCGGCGAGCCCCGGAGCUGUGAUUGGCGAGCGGGGACUCUGCUAAUAGGUCACCGCUCUCCUGCCUCUUGAAAGGAAUGGAUUUCAGAAACUGUCUUUACAAGAUUGCUGAACACCUGGGCAGCGAUGAGCUGGCUGCCCUCAAGUUUCUGUGCUUGGACCACGUCCCACCAAAGAAGCAGGAGCCCAUCAACGAUGCCCUGAUGCUAUUUCAGGUGCUGCAGGAAAACGGACUGUUGGAGGAAGACAAUCUGUCCUUCCUGAAGGAGCUGCUUUUCCUCAUCAAUCGGCUGGACCUGCUGACCAACACCCUAAACAGCAGCAAGGAGGAGAUGGUGAGGGAGCUGCAGGUUCUAGAAAAAGCCCAGGUUUCUCCCUACAGGGUCAUGCUCUUUCAGCUCUCAGAAGAGGUGAACAAGUCAGAAUUGAAAUCUUUCAAGUUUUUUUUGAAUAAACAGAUUCCCAAAUGUAAGCUGCAUGAUAACUCGAGUCUGCUUGAUAUUUUCGUGGAGAUGGAGAAGAGGAUCCUCCUGGCGGAAGAAAACUUGGACCCCCUGAAGCUGAUCUGUGCCGAGGUCAACAAGAGCCUGCUGGAGAAGAUUGAGGCUUAUGAGAAAUCAAGCAGAGGGAGAAGAAUGAGCCUUGAAGGAGGGGCAGAGUCGCCGGUUUCAUUUUUAGACGAGGAGAGUUGCUUCAGAAUGCCGGAAGUGUGUGACUCCCCGCGAGAACAAGACAGCGGCUCGCAGAUGUCAAACAAAGUUUACCAAAUGAAGAACAAACCUCGGGGAUACUGUCUGAUCUUCAACAACAAUGAUUUUAGCAAGGCGAGGAAGAACGUGCCCAAACUCCACAAAAUGAAGGACAGGAAAGGAACAAACUACGAUGAAGAAGCAUUGACUGAGACCUUUAAAGAGCUUCAUUUUGAGGUCAUUCCUUACAGAGACUGCACAGCCAAUGAAAUCCAUGAGGUUCUAAGAUCCUACCAAAGCAUGGACCACAAGAACAAAGACUGCUUCAUCUGCUGCAUUCUCUCCCACGGAGACAAGGGCAUCAUCUAUGGCACCGAUGGGAAGGAAGCCCCCAUCUAUGAACUGACAUCCUAUUUCACUGGUUUAAAGUGCCCUUCCCUGGCUGGAAAACCCAAAGUCUUUUUUAUUCAGGCUUGUCAAGGGGAUAACUACCAGAAAGCUGUACCUGUUGAGACUGACGCAGAUGAGAAGGACAGCUUCUUAGAUGUGGACUCAUCUCCAAAAAACUAUAUACCGGAUGAGGCUGACUUUCUGCUGGGGAUGGCUACUGUGAAAAACUGUGUUUCCUACCGAGAUCCCACGCAAGGAACCUGGUACAUCCAGUCACUUUGCCAGAACUUGAGGGAAAGAUGUCCAAAAGGCGACGAUGUUCUGCACAUCCUGACUGGCGUGAACCAUGAUGUGAGCAGUAAAGAUGACAGGAAGAACAUGGGGAAGCAGAUGCCUCAGCCCAUCUUCACACUGCGGAAGCAGCUCGUCUUCCCGCCUAACUGACGUGCGCCCUACGCGGUCGGCAUUGUGCCAGUCUGUGCACUUUUGUUUGGGGGAGUGAGCUUUAAUUUAUUUUUUAUGAUUUCUCUUAUUUUGAGAUAUUAUAUCACUUACCUCUUCCCUUUCCUCCCUUCAAACCUUCUCACAUAAUCCUCUUUGCUCUUUCAAAUUCAUGGCCUUUUUUUUCAUUAAUUGUUGUUACAUGAAUAUAUAUAUGUGUGUAUAUAUAUAUAUUCUUUUUCGAAAAUACAACUGGCUCAGUCUGUAUACUGUUACUUAUGUGUCUGUUUUCAGGGCUGACCAUUUGGAAUUGGACAAUGAAUUGGUGAGCUCUUCCCUAGGAAAGACUGUUUCUCCUACUCUCAGUAUUCCUUAGUUGCCUGUAGUUCUUUGUGAAUGCCUUUAAGUUCUUUUAAAUUCUAAGCAAAUCUCU